CGCGUUAUGAGCAGGUAGCUGUCAUGGUGGAAGAGCCGAAGAAUUUCAGACGAUAAUUUUCUGAGCGCAAAUCUGUGUUUUGGGUGUAAUAUAGAACCACAGAAUUUUCAGCUCAAUUAAAUACAAUAGGCUAAUUGACGUAAAAAGUACUUACUAUUGACUUUUGCAGACUUGGAAAUGGCCACACCAGACAAACUAAAAACAUUGUUUGAAGAUUUAGGAAAACCAACAUUAAGAGGCGUACGGAAAUGUCCAAAAUGUGGAACCUAUAAUGGUACAAGAGGGAUAAGCUGUAAGAACAAAGCGUGUGAUGUCGUAUUCAAAGAGAGGGAGAAGAAGAAGGGACAUAGUGCUGACGCUGUAAAGAUAAUGACUGGUUCAACCAUCCAGGUGUUUUCAGUGAGACUACGAGACAGAGGGCCUGACUAUCGCGGAUUUGUACAGUUACCUUUGUUUCAAGACAUGGACGGAAAUCCCGCUACGGUGGUUGACCAGGCACUCGUUUACCAAGCGGCUCGAUGCUAUGUGGACAGUUGUUCUCGAAACAAUCAGAUAGGAUUUCAGAGCGAUUCCUGUCCUCACAUCCGGGCCGCCAUUGAUUGUGAACAGGAAGCUCAACCAUUGACUCUGAAAAAUUCGGUGCUAAACGCCUUGCAGGUCCCUAAUGAAACUAAGCAGGCCAUAUGGCUGCUAGCUACAGAAACCACGGGACCACUGGUGCAAAGAGUCACAAAGAACAUUAUGGUGGUCAAGUGUAAAGUCAGUCCAAAGCAACCACUGGGGUUUUUGCAUUUUGCUUUUUUUGAGACAUCAAGAAACCGAACUCAGCCGGAGCAUAAAUUUCAGUGUACUUGCCGUUCUUUUAAGACUAAACCAGGACCCAAAGAAGAUCUGCACAAAAGAUGUGUCCAUUUUUAUGCUUGUAUAUGUGCUUUUGCCAGUGAUGAAAAACUUCAAGAAGAAUUUGAAUAUUACAUAAACUUAGAUGCCAACUUAACUAUACCCCCAGAUAUGCCUUCACCAGAGAGACAAGUAGUAGCAAUAUUUCAAGACAAUGAGAUUGAGGUGUCUGAUCCUACGACGUUAGAGGUGGUCAUUAGCGAUGAGAGUAUCGUCCGGCCGGCCAAGAGACAGAAAAAAGACGAAACACUGGUUCAGGCCAGCAAUGCUUUAUUAACUUUACAAGAAGGAAAUGGAAACACUCCAUCUCCUAACAGUCCUAAGAAAAGCAGUCCAGUUAAACAACAACCACAGAGUAAGGCAGCCUCAGCAGCAGCCAAGAAACCAGGCACACAGCCUAUAGACGAGUCGUUAGUCGUGGUAUCCUUCCAUCAGUGGCUGGGCAGCGUGACAGAGAGGAUUAACCAGACAAUGCAUUAUCAGUUUGAUGGUAAUCCAGACCCGCUAGUCUUUCAUGCUCCUCAGGUGUUUUUCGAGUGUCUACAACAGAGAAUCUCAUCUGGCAGUAAGAAAAAGAGACUGCCCAACUUCACCACAGGCUUUAUACGUAAAGACGCUCUACCUCUGGGGACCUUCACUAAGUACACCUGGCACAUCACCAAUAUCCUGCACGUCAAGCAGAUUUUUGAUACGAGUGAUAUGCCACUAGAUAUCACUCGUAAUUUCGUGGAAAACAGAGAUGGAACUUAUGAUUUGUAUGAAGUGCCAAAAGUCCAAGUUGAGAAUUUAGAUGAACCAUUCAAGGGCAAAAAUCCAAUGCCAAUUCGACCUUUUGAACUUAAAACCUACCUCAAAGUUGGAAAUACAGCGGCAGAUCAAAAGGAACCAACACCCUUCAUUAUAGAGUGGAUUCCUGACAUUCUGCCCAAAUCCAGGAUCGGGGAACUUAGAAUCAAAUUCGAGUACGGUCACCAAAGAAACGGACAAAUUGUGGAGCACCGAGUUGUGACUCAUGAGAUUCCUGUUCAAACUAUACAUGUGCAAGAUAUUGGCUGAUUUGACAAAUCUGUUAAUAUGGGGCGGUGCUUGAAAGAUCUCGAUGCUUGAUGGUUUCUUUUGUCUCUUCUCUGUUUUACAAAUGAAUUUAUGUACAUUUUGACAAGUUAUAAUGUCUCUGUGCUCUAUGAAUGUGUUUGUUUUGAAAAUAAGAGUAUUUUUUGCUGGUAUGGAUGUGAUGUGAUGGUAGACUGCAUUUCUGGAAGAUGUUGUAAAUGAUAACAAAAUCCAGUGAAUGAGGGACGGAAAAACAAUGUAUAUGUAAAACAUUAUUUUAAAACAUGAAGAAAGUUUCCCAAUACAUUCUCCUUCAGCUUCAGUUUAAAUAGGAAGCCCCGUACAAUUUGGACGGUGAAAGAGUGUAAUGAGUUAAAAAUUAAUGAAGGGAUUCAAAAUCACUUCUAUGUUGAUGUAGAAAUGCAUUUACAUGUACAUGUAUGUGUUUAGUGCAUGUUCUUACAAAUGUCUAGUGAUGAAUGUAUUGAUGAACAUAUUCAUGCUUUAAUUAUUUGUAAAUGGAAUAAAAGUCAGUGGAAAUUUUAAUUUGGAAAAUCAAAUUGAGUGAAAAUUGACAAUUUGUUUGGUAAUAUUAUUAUACAUGUACAAUUUUAAUUUGCGCA